AUGAGUGAAACUUGUGGAAAUCCUCUCCUCCUGCAGUGGAUUAAAGAAUGGCUCGAUCAAGCACGGGAGCGCAACAGCAAAGGGGUGACUGUAUAUAAGAAGGCAUACGAGUCGAUGAAAGCUUGUCCGCUGGUCUUUCUGCACCCGUCUGAAGCCCAACAACUCAAUGGCCUUGGUCCUAAAUUGUGCGAUCGGUUGACUGAAAAGCUAAAGGCUUACUGUACAGAGAAUGGACUCCCGAUGCCUGAACAUCCCGAUACUGGUGAGCUCCCAGUUUUACCGUCGCCUUCCCUGACGGAAUUUCUGAUAUCGUUAGCAAACAAAAAAAGGGUCUCAGACGGUGGAGAAGUCGAGACUCAACCAACAAAGAAACCCCGAAAGACGAAGCCAUAUGUACCAGCUCUGCGAUCUGGGCCGUAUGCGUUGCUGCUUGGUCUUUCGUCGCUCGAUGAGAACUCGAAUCAGAGUAUGACGAAAGCACAGCUCAUUGAAACGGCACAACCGUACUGCGAUAGUUCAUUCACUACUCCUAGUGAUUCGACAAAGUUCUUCACUGCAUGGAACUCCAUGAAGACGCUUAUUCAGAAAGACCUCGUGUAUGAUCAUGGACAUCCGUUAAAGAGAUACACCCUUACCGAGGAGGGUUGGGACGUCGCGAAGAGGAUCCAGAAGACGCUACCGGAGUUUAAUCAAAGCACUCUGCCUUUUAGGGGCCAAUCUGUCCCACCUGACACUGAGUGUAGCACGGAGCCUCGAAUCCCAAAGCCGAGUGUCACAAACCUAGAACUCCUCCGCCAGGGUAGUAAUGAAAGCCGUCGCGGCGACGAGCCAGAUAUAAACCCACCAGGUGAUGCAGAAGUCACACCUAUCAAUAUCCCCCCGGAAAGCUUCACUGUCCAGCUGGUCCUGGACAAUCGGGAAGUUCGCACAUCUAAAGACCGAGACUACAUUGCCAACGAACUAAGCAAAAAAGACAUCUUCCCGGAAGUCCGAGCCCUUGAAGUAGGUGAUGCGAUGUGGGUCGCCAAAUUCCACGACCCCAAAUACCUCUCACAGCACGGGGAGGAAGGCGACGAAGUCAUGCUCGAUUGGAUCGUCGAGCGAAAAAGACUCGACGAUCUAGUCGGCUCAAUCAAAGACGGGAGAUUUCACGAACAGAAAUUCCGUCUUCGUCGAUCCGGAAUCAAAAACGUUAUCUACCUCAUUGAAGAAUUCAACGUUACCCAAGACCCUGUCUCUGCCAUGAAAUACCAAGAGAUGGUCGCCUCGGCCAUUGCCUCAACACAGGUCGUCAAUGGGUACUUCGUCAAGAAAACAAAGAAUCUCGACGACACAAUUCGAUAUCUCGCUCGGAUGACCUUCCGGCUACGAAAAAUGUACAACCCAUCUUCAUCACCAUCAUCAUCAUUUCUUUCUUCGUCUCACUCCCCCUCCUACUCCCCUUCAAACACCCUCAGCUUGAUCCCCAGUCGACAGCUCUCAUCCUCUCAAUCCUAUCUCACUAUCCUGGAGCGUCUCCGAGCGGAAACAGCAUCCGUCACGUAUGCCGUGACGUUCCCUACCUUUUCAGCCUUGACUUCAAAAUCGGACGCCCUGUCCCUCCGUGACAUCUUCCUCAAAAUGCUCAUGUGCAUUCGUGGUGUCACUGGUGACAAAGCUCUCGAAAUCCAGCGUCGAUGGCCGACUCCACAGGCAUUUAUCAGGGCUUUUGAACGUUUGGACCCAAAAGACAGAGAGGAGAUGGUCUCGGAGCAAAUGAAAUCGCUAGUAGGGAGGAAAAAGAUUGGCAAGGCCUUGAGCAAGAAAAUUGCAGAAGUAUGGGCUGAAGCUGGUUAG